CGGACCUGACUGGGACAGUUGGAACAGAGUGUUGUUAUUGUUGGGAAUGUUGUCAUAACGGCGCGCCGCAUCAUUAACCCCACUCCGAAUUUGUUCCUUCGGCUUUCCUCACCAGUAUUCAUAUCACAGAGCCGUUAGGGAAUAAUUAAAAUAAAAAGGGCCGGACUGCAUCUCCCUCCAUAAACGCAGGUCCAACGGAAGCUGUACUAGCAAGCCAGAGAUACUUACUUAGCAGUUAUGGAGUGGCCGGGCCACGGCGCCUCACUUCGCCCCAACAGAGAGUCCGGCUGUGAUCACGUUUCCACGGCCAGAUCGUGUAGCGGAGGCUGUCCUCACCAACAGGCCCCCUCCCCACACCUCUGUGACGGUGCCAUGGCGUCGCUGUGUCAGAGCCAGGAGCACUGUGUGAAGGCCUCCAUCUUUUCCAGUUGGAGAUUGGCAGAAGCGCAGGACCAGUUAUGUUCUUUAGGGGUCCACAGCUCUGAGUCCAUGGAACAAGAGCGAGCAAGAACCAUGGUUUGCCCCACAGAACUCUCACAAAAUGAGGAGGAGUGGCGUCGCAAGGAGCAAAUGCUGGGGGGUCAGGAACCUAGUUAUAGUCCUGUGCUGAGUGCUACAGGAAGCUGGGAUGUUUUCGACAAGAGUAUUAUCAAUAUUCCAUCUCAGACUGUAGAAAUGGAUCAGGACAAGUGCAAAACAUUUCUACAGAAGUAUGAACAAGAGCUCAGGCAUUUUGGUAUGUUACGGCGAUGGGACGACAGCCAGCGAUUUCUGUCAGACAUGCCGCAGCUCAUCUGUGAGGAAACGGCCAACUUCCUUAUUCUGUGGUGCAUCAGACUUCAGCAGGAAGGGAAGGAGGCGUUGAUGGAGCAGGUGGCUCACCAGGCUGUGGUCAUGCAGUUCAUACUGGAGAUGGCCUCAAACUCCCAGCAGGAUCCACGAGGCUGCUUCAGACAAUUCUUCCACAAAGCCAAAGAUGGACAGGAUGUGUACCUGGAAGUCUUCCAUACGGAACUUGAAGCCUUCACACAGAGAGUACGAGACUACAAAGUGAAGAGCAGAAACGAUGGUUCCAGCACUGAGCAAACAAACACUAGCCAAAACCACAGAGUUGACUUCAAAGAACCAAACGCCUUCUCUCCUCAAGUGGCAGAGUAUAACAGGAAGCACUGCUUAGAGGCUGGACUUUGGACAAACACGGGGAGAUGGACAAAGGAAGAGAGUACAGAGGCCGAGGACACCAGAAUGAUGGAGAUCUCUUAAGGAAUUGCACCAUCAGCAGUUCUCUCCACACGUAGGAGCAGUUCAAAGUCUUCAUUGCAAGAACAAAAGGGACACGCGCUCUGUCUUCAUGCUGCAUUCUGCAGUAAAACGCCAGAAAGCCAAGAAAUGUUUUCCUCAAGUCAAAGGUUUCUUCAUUGUUGCCUUGUGCGCGCGGCUGGCCUCUGAGAUGCUCACUGCUGUGUUUUCUGUUGGCCAACUUGCUUCACAGAUGUUUUUUCCUGCUUGAAGUGAUUAAGCCUGAAGCACAGACAUGUGCUCGCUAAAAUGCAAAAAUAAAUGGUUGCAUGAUUUAUCUAGAAACCACAAAACAAAGUGAGUCAGGAAGCAGAAACGUCCCCAGAGGAGCAGCUCUGGUCUGAUCAGGCGUAUAGAAGCAUGGUGGAUCGGUUAAGGGUGUUUGUUGUUUUGGAAAUGUCAAUCAUUUCAUUCAGACUAUGAAAAGUAUAUUCCUAGAAACGUCUGAUCAUGUUUGAACAGGUAUGAGUGUACUUAUUCAUGCUACAAUCCAAUGCUAACAUGCAGAAAAGCUAAUUACGCUCAGAGACAACGUGGCCAAACUUCCUGUACUUUCUAUGCCAUGCCUCAUUCACAUCUUAAGUUCCUUUUGUCUGAUUUUCAAUAAAUGUUCCAAUGUGUGCUUCCCCAAGCAUUUUAUCUGACAAAGGCAGAAUAAUUGUCAGUGUGGCCUUAAAACUGCUGCUGUGUCUUGAAUGUUUAAAGCUUGAAUGGGGAAAAAAAAACGGGUGUUGGCUACACAAAGUCUGCUUCCCGUCACUAUAAAGCAUCUUCAGUCAAGAGCUGAGAUGGGCAGAAACUGUUUUACUGAUGUUUAUCACCUGCAAUGCACAAAAGUGAUGUUCACUCCUUUGUGUUCUACAGUGCUAGAUCAGUGGGUUGUUGUAAAACAAAUGACAGUGCAUGUCUAAGGUCCUGCUUUGUGUUUCGUGGGAUAAUGAUGCAGAUGUGGAACUAAAUGUGAAUGAAGGACUUUCAUUUUGC